CACAAAGCUUGAUUCGAGAAAACGGUGUUGUUUUUGUGGACUAAUAGUUUUCAUUUCUUUGAAUCGUGACUCAGUUGACAAGGAUUUGGAACAUGCUCGUACAGAAGAAUGGAAACGCCAGUUGGACAUCACAAAUCCACUGUACGUGACCAGCUGGACGACAGAAAGCGGAUUCAAUAAAAACACCACUGAAGCAGCUUCACGAGGAAAUCUGGUUUUCUUGCCUCCGUGGGAUGGAUAGAAGGUGAAGAAGUGUCACGGAGAAGACGCUAACCGAGAUAGAGGGAGCAAGCCAGCAAGGAAAAAAUACCAAGUGACUGACACCUGCCCUCCAGCUAAGUGUGAAGGGCAGUGAGAGAAAGAGAGCGAGAGAGAGGGAAGAGGGAACAAAAACAGAGAAGAAUGAAGACAACCGGAAAACAAGGCUGGCUUCAUUGCAAAUUACCCUCAAAUUAGGACUCAUCUCAUCACAGGUCAACAUGAUUACAAGAAGUCUGCUCCUGUUGGUCUCCCUGUGCGUGUGGGAGGGGCUUUUGAAUGGUGCCACGUCCAGUAAGAUCGCUCGGAGGAGAGGAGUGGGCGGGUCUCAUAUGCUGAAGCUGGGAGAUAGCCGAGCUGCGGACCAAUGGGAGUCGAGUGUGGAGGCGUUGCCCGUGGUGACGCUUAGAAACCUGGUUAGCCAUGAGCAGGAGAGUGAGGAGACUGUGUCCUAUGCCAAAAUAUUGCAAAGUCACGCCACAUCAGCUGACAAGGAUAGGCAACUUUUUAAGCCAAAGCGUGAGGUGGACUGGCACUUGAUGGCAGCUAGUAGGGAGGUAACUCAGGAGAUGCACAGGCUAAGAAAUAAUACUAAGAAUGUAGAGUCCAAAUCAGUGAGGCCAGAGAAAACGUAUACAAUCCAUCACAAGCAAGAGCUUCACUCCAACAAGACCAGGUUUAAAACAAGUUUAAGAACAAGAAUUAGGCCAGAACUGAGCACUGGAGCGCUACCAGGAAAGGCCUUCAGUAUAGAGUCCAAUAGAAAAAUUAAUCUGACUGGGAGCUAUGAGGUGUUGAAACUACUGUCCAAAGAGAACCUAGUACGGAUCGUCAAUUCCCAAAUGCAGAGCGUUCCGAGCCUGAGUUUUCCCAGCAAGGGCAGCAGAAGCAGGAAACGAGAUUUGAUUGACGUUAAUCAUGGACAGUCCGAUGCCCAGAAGCCGCAAAGACAAGAUAUAGCUGUCACUCAAACCCAUAGUGGACUUGAUAAUCAGACUGCAUUUCCCUACGCGAGCCCAGUGCCCACUCCAUUGGAUCAUAAUCGGGGGCAAAGUGCAGAGGCACAUGUUAAUCCAUUAAGCAAUAGGGACAAUUUGGGAGAUACAGUUGCCAGUGACAGCAGGAGCAAGCACCUCGUCAGUUUAGCUCAGAUUGAGGUCAACAGCCCCAAGAAAGAAGUAAUGAUCGACCGAACGGAGCCACCAUUUACAUCGACAAAACAUCUCCCACAGUUUGUCCCCUCUGAAACAAACGCUCCGUCUGUGCUGACAAUGCAACCCCAGGGAUUGCGGCCGGGGAACAGAGCAGCCGAUUCCCACCGAGACCCAUUAGCAGAGUCAAUUCACUUCGCCAACAUGGAACUCAGCACGGCUCAAUAUCCCAAAGAUGAAGACAGCAAGCUUGUCAACAGCAGUGAUAGCAGCAGUCAUGUCCUGAGGCUCCAUCCCGCUCCCUCCGAAAACCGCAAUAGCAAAGAGGCCAAAAUGGUAGAGCCUCAGAUACAGGAAAAUGGUGUGGGUCUGGUGUUUGAGGAGCUGGAGGAAGAGGAGGGGACUCUGGGUGGGAUUUCAGAGGGGAAGGCCGUACGGUCUCGGAGCAGGAGGAGCUGGAUCUGGAAUCAGUUCUUUGUGAUCGAGGAGUACGCUGGGCCUGAACCUGUUCUCAUCGGACGGCUGCACACGGACAUGGACAGGAAUGAUGGACGCACUAAAUAUGUGCUGAGAGGCGAGGGGGCGGGCUCUGUCUUUGUGAUUGACGAGAAGACUGGGAACAUCCACGUGACCAAACCACUGGACCGCGAGGAGAAGGACGAGUACCGCCUCAUCGCCACGGCAACCGACAGACAGACGGACCGUGCCUUGGAGCCCUCGUCCCAGUUCAUCAUCAGGGUGCAGGACAUCAACGACAACCCGCCUGUGUUUGAUCAGGGUCCCUACAUCGCCACUGUGCCCGAGAUGGAAAAUAUAGGCACGUCUAUAAUCCAGGUGACAGCGACAGAUGCUGAUGACCCGACUUAUGGGAACAGCGCCAAGCUGGUGUACACUCUGGUGCAGGGCCAGCAGUACUUCUCAGUGGAUCCUCAGACAGGUAUUUUGAGGACUGCAGUUCCGGACAUGGACCGGGAGAGGCAGGACACAUACUUGGUGGUGCUACAGGCCAAAGACAUGGGGGGGCACCUGGGGGGUCUCUCAGGGACCACUACUGUCACUGUGAAGCUCACCGACGUCAACGACAGCCCCCCACGCUUCACACAGAGUACGUGGUCCUUCUCUGUCUCAGAGCUGGCCAUCCCGGGGGCAGAGAUUGGCCGAAUAUCAGCUACAGACGCAGACUUGGGGGAGAACGCGCGCCUGGUCUACACUAUUCUGGAUGGAGAGUCUGGAGACACCUUCAACAUCACUGCUGUCAACCAGGAGGCUGUCAUUACACUCAAUAAGCCUGUGGACUAUGAGAGCCGGAGCUCCUACUCUUUCUCGGUGGAGGUGAUGAACCCGAUUGUGGAUCCCCGGUUUCUUCGUCUGGGUGCCUUUAAGGACCGGGCCACAGUGCGUGUGGCAGUGCUGGAUGCAGACGAGCCCCCCAAGUUCUCCAGGUCCAGAUAUCUGAUGGAUGUGUCUGAGAACUGCCCCCCAGCGUGCACAGUGGGCAGAGUGAGCGCCAUCGACCCUGACACGGGACUGACCAACAACAUCAGUACUGACGAGAGUGUCUUCGCUAUUGUUCUGGCCUUACGCCGAUCCAUCAGCACUCAGCCUAUCCACCUGGGCUCGGCCACCCUGGCCCGCCUGCAACCAACCGUGAGCGCCCUGUCAUUAUCGCUGCGGCGUCAGAAGCGUGACUCGCUGUCUCCUCUGGAAGAGGACGAUGUGAGGGAGAACAUUAUCACCUAUGAUGACGAGGGCGGAGGAGAGGCCGAUACUGCAGCCUUUGACAUAGCUGCGCUCCAGAGCGCCCCCCACAGCUCACGUACUAGAGGUUAUCGCACGCUGGACAGCAGGAAUAUUCGUUAUGCCCAUCGAACAGUGGAGAAGGGUCGCACAUACAGCUGGGCUCAGAACCAGGGUUUGGAGCAGACCUACAGCGGCCCUGGGGGUCCUCUCUACGGCCGCCUCUGUUACAGCAGUGCCACUCUCCCGGUCCUGCGCCGCACUCCUGGAGGGGCGUUCGAACCUGGCCUGGCCGAGCUGGGAUAUCGCUACCCUGGAGGCCAGCCGGACCACUCCCUGGUCAUUCAGAAUCAGGCAGCCAUGGUGGGGCCCAUGGAGUCUGGGGCUGUUUACAUGGCCCCCACAGACCUGAGCAUUGGGAGUCGCACUGGGAGCAGAGAGGGAACAGCGCCACAGAGCAGGGUGAGCACCUCAGAUGGAGGUACCCCGAGGACAUCUGACAGUCAUGAUAGAGGAGGGGGCACAGGCACAGCCAGUAACUGCACCGAGGCCAGUGAGGACAAACUCAACGGUCAGGACAUGGACUGGAUCUAUCCCCAAGUCCUCUCUGAAUCCACUCACCUCCCCUCCCCGCAGGUGCAGUCCGAGAGCUUGCCCCGGGAGCAGAACCUGGUGAUGACACGCUCUGGUUCCAUGAUGGGACAGGGAUGCCAUGGCACCACGGGCGGCUGGGUUUGCGACUCUGCAACACUCCCACUGGCCGGACGAAGAGCCUCACGAGCCGGGAUGUCCCCAAAACGCUCGGGGUCCAUCCAGGGUGAGACAGAAGCAGGAGGUGGGACAACAGGAGAGAGAGAAGGACCAGGGCAGAGGGACUAUCCAGGGACACUGGGAAGGGGCGGACUGGAGAUGGGGAGUAGCUUCGUAGUGGGGAGAGGAGACCGAGAAGGUGGGAUCUCUCUUAGUGGAACGCCAACUGGAUUUCCGGAAGGCUUUAUCGGAGACUGGCGUGACCGUGUUGGGAUAGGGGGGUAUGUGGUUGGAAGAAGAGAUAUGAGCCCUCAGCUUUUGCCUUUGCCACGAGGGGGGUAUCCUGGAGUUCUGGGUGCUGCCUGGGCUACACCCGGUGUGGAAGCUGUGCGAGGAGCUCCUGGAGGUCCGUCUUUGGCCUUACGAGUCGGGGAAUUCCUCCGCCUGCGCCUCGCCCAAGUCACCUUUGACCCCUCUCAGCCACCGUAUGAUUCAGUGCAAGUGUACGGCUUGGAGGGCACUGGGUCGCGGGCUGGCUCCCUAAGCUCGCUGGAAAGUGACGCAGACAAAGACGGAGACAAGGACGACUGGGGGGCCGGCAUGGAAGAGUGGGGUCCGCAGUUUGAGAACCUUGCGCAACUUUUUAAAGAAAGAGAAAAGGAGAAGGAGGAGAAAGAAAAAUGUAUGGAAAAUGCUAACGAGGAUUGUGAGAAAAAGGAGGGAGGACACGAAGGGAAGGACUGA